AUGGAGCUGCUGCCGGCGCCGCUGCGGGACAUGGACCUGUCGGGCCCCGACGGGUCCCUCUGCUCCUUCGCGGGGGCGGCCGCGGGCGACGACUUCUACGACGACCCGUGCUUCGACUCCCCGGACCUGCGCUUCUUCGAGGACCUGGACCCGCGGCUGGUGCACGUGGGCGCGCUCCUGAAGGCCGACGAGCCGGCGGCCCCGGCGGCCUUGGGGCCGGCCGCCCCGUCGGGGCGCGAGGACGAGCACGUGCGGGCGCCCAGCGGCCACCACCAGGCCGGCCGCUGCCUCCUGUGGGCCUGCAAGGCUUGCAAGCGCAAGACCACCAACGCCGACCGGCGCAAGGCGGCCACCAUGCGCGAGCGGCGCCGGCUCAGCAAGGUCAACGAGGCCUUCGAGACCCUGAAGCGCUGCACGUCCAGCAACCCCAACCAGCGGCUGCCCAAGGUGGAGAUCCUGCGCAACGCCAUCCGCUACAUCGAGGGGCUGCAGGCGCUGCUGCGGGACCAGGACGGCGCCGCCCCGGGCCCCGGCGCCCCCUUCUACCCGGCCGGGGCCGCGCCCGCCGCCCGCCCCGUCGAACAUUACAGCGGGGACUCGGACGCCUCGAGCCCGCGCUCCAGCUGCUCCGACGGCAUGAUGGACUACAGCGGCCCCCCCUGCGUCCCCCGGAGGAGGAGCGGCUUCGACAGCAGCUACUACACCGAGACACAGAAUGAUGCCAAAGUCGGGAAGGUCUCGCUGGUGUCCAGCCUGGACUGCCUCUCCAGCAUCGUGGAGCGGAUAUCGACCGAGAGCUCCAGCUGCCCCGUGCUGCCCCUGGGGGAGGCGGGGGGCGAAGGGGCGCCCUGCUCGCCCCCGGAGGGCACCACCCUGAGCGAGAGCGGCGCCCAGAUCCCCUCCCCGACGCCCUGCGGCCAGCUCCCCGGGGCCGGGGGCGGGGGCGGCCUCGGAGACCCCGUCUACCACGUGCUGUGA